AUGGAUACCCUUUUUCGUGGGGACGGUCACUCCAUAAAUGCUGCCAAUGAGUUCCCGCAGCUUGACUUUGAUCAGCAGCAUUCAUUGUCUCAAGGAAAUCUUGUGAAUGGAUGCCAAUUUGAUCAUCUGUUCAACAAUGUCACGGGCCUUUCAAAGUUAUCAUCACACCUUGAUAUCAAUUCAACUCCAUGUGAAGUAGGGGAUGAUUCUCCAGUAGAAGGCGAUUACUUCGAUGGGGUCUUCAAAUAUCUACAAAGGAUGCUUAUGGAGGAGGACGACUUGUUGGAUAAGCCUUGCAUGUUGCAGGACUGCUUGGCUCUCCAAGCUGCGGAGAAGUCCUUCUAUGAAGUUCUGAAUGAGAAUCAGCCUUCUACCCCUAGCAGGUCUCCAAGAGCAACAACAACUUUUGGGGGUCAAACUUUUGAUAGCCCAAUAGAUGAUUUUGCUGAAAUCUGGCCUAAUCAUGUCAUUGAUCAUGUUGCUCCUCAUCAAACCAUUCAAUACAAUUUUCAGCCAACUUGCAUUCCUGGUGACAGCUUGGAUCUUAGUGUUGAUUACCUGGUGGACACUUGUUUAAGUCCUUCCCAAACUAUACAAUCCUCCACUAACAUCAAUACACAUGUAAUGCCUCAGUUGGGAGAAGAUGUUGAAGAGUGUAGAAUUGUCAAAUUCUACCAGAAUAAAAUGCCUAGCACACUAGCUGCUGCUGGGGAGCAAUCAUCACAUCAUCAAUCAAGAAAGAAGAGUACUAACCAUGAUCGAGAAGGCGGUGAUCAUGAUGAAGAUCGUCCUACCAAGCACUUUGCAAGUCACACUGACGAAAUUGCUAAUACAGAUGAUUAUGAUAAUGCACUGCUUUGUCCUGCCAGAAAUCCCAACUUUUAUGGUGAAUCUCCAUCAAGAGGUGGAAUAGAAAGUCCAGAUUUAGAGGGGACCAAAAAACAGCAAUAUGUUCCACCAACAACAGCCAAAAGAGGAAGGCCACGUGCGGGUCAGAAGCGAGACAGCAUAAGGGAACUAGUUGAUUUGAGGGACCUUCUAACUAGAUGUGCACAUGCAGUUGCAAUAUAUGACAAUUGGACUGCCAAUGAAUUACUGAAGCAAAUUAGGCAGCACUCUUCUCCUUAUGGUGAUCCUACUGAAAGAUUGGCUUAUUGUUUUGCCAAUGCCCUCGAGGCACGUUUGGCUGGGAUGGGAACAACACUCUAUUCAGCAUUGACCACAACGAGAGCGUCAGCUGCAGAUAUUCUUAGAGCUUACGGGGCUUAUUUAGAAAUAUGCCCAUUCCAAAGAAUGUCAAACAUUUUUGCUAACAAGUCUAUUGCGAAACAAACAAGCACAGUAACAAGAAUUCACAUUAUUGAUUUCGGUAUUCUAUAUGGUUUUCAAUGGCCAUGUUUGAUUCAUGGAAUCUCCCUCAGGCCUGGAGGACCACCAAAGCUUAGAAUCACUGGGGUGGAUCUUCCACAACCGGGAUUUCGACCAGCAGAGAGAAUUGAGGAGACAGGGGGUCGCCUGGCGAAUUAUGCAAAGAGAUUUAACGUUCCUUUUGAGUUCAAUGCUGUUGCAAAAAGAUGGGACACUAUCACUGCAGAGGAUCUUGCAAUUGACGAGGACGAAAUGGUGGUGGUUAACUGUCUGUACAGGCUAAGAAAUGUUCCUGAUGAGACUGUAAUACAAAGCAGCCCAAGGGACUCUGUGAUGAACUUGAUCAAAAAAAUCAAUCCUGAGAUGUUUGUCCAUGGAGUCCUUAAUGGAACAUAUGGUGCACCGUUCUUCGUUACACGGUUCAAAGAGGCUUUAUACCACUUCUCUUCUCUGUUUGAUAUGUUUGAGGCCACACUACCACGUGAAGAUCAAAAUAGGUCAAUGUUUGAGAAAGAAGUUAUUGGAAGGGAAGUGAUGAACGUUAUAGCUUGUGAAGGGACUGAAAGAAUUGAGAGGCCAGACUCAUACAAGCAGUGGCAGGUUCGCAAUCAGAGGGCUGGAUUCAAGCAGCUCCCAUUGAACAGUGAAAUCAUGAGAGAAGUCAGGGCUAAGGUGAAAUCAUAUUACAAUAAGGAUUUUCUGAUUGAUGCAGAUGGUGCUUGGAUGCUGCAGGGCUGGAAGGGUAGGGUCAUCUAUGCUCUCUCCUGUUGGAAACCUGCUGGACUAUAA